AUGGUACCUAUAUUUAUUUUUCUCUAUUUAGAGAAACAACAAAAAACAGGUUUAAUCGUAAUCGAUAUUGUUCUUACUGCUGGUGACUGUAUAUCAAGUGGUGAUUUCAUUUUAGAUCGUGAUUUUAUAUCAGGUGGUGAUGUUAUGUUAGGUGGUGGUGAUGUUAUGUUAGGUGGUGGUGAUGUUAUGUUAGGUGGUAUACGUCUUGGAAUAGGUGUUUUUCCAUUUAUUGGUUCUUGUCAUCGAUUAUCUCAUUCAUGUCGUACAAAUAUUGCACAACAAUCAUCAUGA